AAAUGAUACUAAGUAAUGAUAUACGCCGAGCAAUCACAUCUGAUAUUGAAACAAAAAAAAAUUCGUUCAUUUUCAGACCGCAAGAAAGAUUUAGUAAAACUGCAGGCAGGUGAAUACGUGUCUCUUGGAAAAGUCGAAGCUCAAUUGAAAACUUGUCCAUUGGUAGACAACAUAUGCGUAUACGGAGAGUCCUCCAAAGAUUUUUGUGUCGCUCUCGUUGUAGCCAACCAUCAGCAACUGAAGGAUCUCGCUGAAAGGAAGGGAAUUGCUGAAAAGUCUUUCGAGGAACUGUGUGUGGAUUCAGAUGUCGAAAAAGUUGUCCUGCAAGAAUUGGUGGAUCACGGAAAACGAAGUAAACUGGAGAAAUUUGAAAUUCCUGCCGCAGUGAAAUUGGUAACGGAAGUGUGGUCUCCUGAUAUGGGUCUAGUUACGGCAGCUUUUAAAUUGAAGAGAAAAGACAUCCAAGAGCGUUACAAGCACGAAAUUAAGAGAAUGUAUGCCUCCUGAAACACGGCUUGGCUGUGAACCACGCCCACAGAAAUACACUCAUAAAUCGCAUGAUUCGCUUCUGAAAUGUGUAAAAUUGUAAAGAAUUUUGUAUUUGCUUUGUACAUAUUAAUGAAACGUAUGGAGUAGGUUA